GUCGAUUCGUGCGAGGAGAGAAAUAAUUAUAGACAUGAGAACAGCCACCUGCGCUCACGUCUCUGCCACAAGACCAUGUCCCACUCUCCCGCACACUCCUGUCGAGUGACAUGCAGUCUUGCUGUGAUACAUAGAAAUGUCGCAGAGUGCCCCAUUGGUUUUGCCACACGCCGCAGAUGUCGCGCUGCUUUCCAAGCAACUAAGUCAUGUAGCUCACUCGCUAGUUGGUGUGUUAGAUCAAAAGUGACCUAGGUGGCUGGGUGAUAUCACAUUUUUCCGGUCCCUGCGCUGGUUUCCCGUUCCUUGGCGCACCUGCUCCCACGACUGCGUCAGCUGGCCAGAGUACCAUGCGUAACGCCCCGGUCCAGGUCUGUCGCCGACGAGCCUCCUGGACAGAGCCUGGGUGUCCUGAUCACGGCUUUGUCUCCUACUUGAGCCUUCCCACCAGCCUCUUGUUGACUGGCUGCAGCCCUGCUCCUGGGACCCAUGUCUUACCGGAAGGACCGCAUCGGCGUUCUCGCGCGACAAGUAGUGCCGGCACAUCUCUCACAGGACGAGUUCGCUCAAAACGUGCAUGCGGUGGUCAACGCGUGCUCAGAUCUGCCCGAGUUCCAGAACAAUAUUCUUGAGCUGGAUAUCGUCUUUCCGAACGAUAGGAACGCCGCAUCGGUGCAACAGUCAGGACUGCCUGGUCUCCAAAAUGUCGUCUUGCUGCUUUUCCAGUGUCGGAGCAAGGAGAACUUCAUUCAGCUUCUAUCUGAUUCGAGAGUGCAAGCGACGUUCGCCAAAGCGGAGACCGACUUCCAGUUCCUCUCCACGCUCACGCUCUGCUCCGCCGACAUCUUCGACCGCAUCCCGCUCGCCAACCAGCCUGUCGAGGAUACGCCGCGCGCAGGCGGACUCGCCCUGUUCCGUUUCGAGUCGGACGCCGCCGCGCAGGUGUACGUCAACCGUGUGACUGAGUUCGGGCAGUUCUUCCGCCUGCCGAGUGUGGUGCGGCUCGUGCGGGGGUACGCGACGUGGGUCGGGAACGAGGCGAUGGCGCAGGACUUGCGCGAGCUCGGAUUCAAGACGCUUGAUCACGCGGUCGUGUCGAUCGUCGAGUCUGAGUCGUUUGACGUGUUUACGGAGAUCACACGCGAGGUUUCGUCAACUACGAUGGUGUCGAGCGCAUUGGAAAAUGUCAAGCUGGCCGAUGGAAGCUUCUCCUCGUCUGCCACGAUUGUAUCGAAGAAGAAGAGGGAGGGAAAUUGAGAUGUACAUGACGCGCAGAACUGAUCCUGCUGUCAGUAAAGAUGUCGUCGUUUUCUGAAAUAGUGUGCAUGCACCUUAGGACUCAGACUGUCCGGUAUUCAGGCAUGAUUAGAGACCGCUUGUUUCUGACGAAUAGCAAUCAAGUGUCCAA